GUAAAUUUCAUGUAAUGCCUUUUGCUGAAACAAAUUUCUAAAAACCUCCCUUAUUUCUUCCUCAUUCCCAAAUAAUCCCCCCGCAAUUUACCAAAAAUUACGAAAAUGACCUACUCCGACCGGAAGUACCGUCGGAGCCCUAAAACCACCCCUCUUCUGCCGCAAAAGGACUCCAAUUUCGGCCAUUUCGAAGCCGGAUUCGACGGCGCUUCCUUCUCCGGCGCUGUCUUCAAUCUCUCCACUACAAUUGUCGGCGCCGGAAUUAUGGCACUUCCGGCUACUCUUAAGCAACUCGGUGCAAUUCCAGGUCUUAUCGUUAUAAUCCUCGCCGCUAUGCUGACGGAGAAGUCAACUGAAAUGUUGCUUAGAUUCACCAGAGCUUCCAAAUCCGCCUCUUCCUACUCCGGCCUAGCCGGCGAUGCGUUCGGCGGAUUUGGCCGUACUUUAUUGCAAGCUUGUAUUGUGAUUAACAAUCUCGGAUUGCUUGUUGUCUACAUGAUCAUCAUUGGUGAUGUAUUAUCGGGGACUUCAUCAGAUGGGGUACACUAUUCAGGUGUAAUGGAAGAAUGGUUUGGUCAACAUUGGUGGACUGUGCGCUCUAACAUAUUGCUUCUUACUACACUCCUUGUGUUUGUUCCUCUUGUUUCAUUCAAACGUGUUGAUUCAUUGAGAUAUACGUCAGCCAUGUCAGUCGCUCUAGCUGUUGUAUUUGUGGUAAUCACAGCUGGAAUAGUCAUUGUUAAGUUCAUUAAUGGAAGCAUUGCAAUGCCCCGCUUGCUGCCGAAACUUGUUGAUCAGGCAUCUUUCUGGAAGCUUUUCACAACUGUCCCUGUACUUGUCACUGCCUAUAUUUGCCAUCACAAUUUACAUCCAAUAGAGAAUGAGCUAAGAGAUGGCAGCCAGAUGAAGUCAAUCGUCCGGACUUCAAUUGUGUUAUGCACAACUGUAUAUGUGGCAACCAGCUUUUUUGGAUUCCUUCUCUUUGGCGAUCAUACCUUGGAUGAUGUACUCGCCAACUUUGAUGGUGAACUUGGGAUUCCUUACAGCUCAUUGCUUAAUGAUGUGGUGCGAGUGAGCUAUGUCAUCCACUUGAUGCUUGUUUUUCCAAUUGUUUUCUUUUCGCUUCGCCUCAAUAUGGAUGGCCUCUUUUUCCCAUAUGCAAUUCCUAUUGCCUAUGAUAAUCGCAGAUUCUUUUCAGUCACAGCAGCUCUCGUCUGUUUCAUUUUUUUGGGAGCAAAUUGUGUACCUAGCAUCUGGGAUGCCUUCCAGUUUACUGGUGCCACAGCUACUGUCUCUGUUGGUUUCAUUUUUCCGGCUGCUAUUGUCCUUAGGGAUACACAUGGAAUUGCAACCAAGAGGGACAGAUUAGUGUCAUGGGUCAUGAUACUGUUAGCUGUUUCUUCAAGCACUGUUGCAAUCUGCAGUGACAUUUACAGCAUUUUCAAUAUUGGAGUUGAAGCUUAGUUCUCUAGGUAGGGGAA